AUGGAAGAAGAAAUUACAAUUUUGGUUCAACACAAUGGUAAAUGGGAUAGUGAAUACAAUUUCAACAAAUUCAUAGUUGAUGGCGUGACACUAAAAGUGGAUUCGAAUUUGGAUACCAUUCAUGAUGAAAUAACGAAGAAACUUGGGGUUUAUGCUUCUACUGAUACAAUUGAAAUUAAAUAUUCCGUGAAGCAAAAUUAUACUCCAAUGAAGAUCUACAAUGAUAGGAGUUUGAGAUGGUAUUUGGAUUUGAAAAGAAAAAGUUCCUUCACAGAUUUUCCUUUGUGUAUAACAUUGAAGGAAAAAAACUGUGACGGAAUUUUGUCAAAUUCGAAUCCCAUCAAUUCAAGUUCUAAUUCUACCCAUGAUAUGCAACUGGUAGAACGCGUUGAACUCACUCAAACACUUAUUUCAAUAGACAAAAAAUACUUGCAUGAUGAAAUGGAAAGUGACGAAGAUGGUAUAAUCGACAACAGAGUUCACAAAGACAUAAAAAAAAGGUAUUAUCUCGUGUGUGUUGAUGAUCAGUGUUCAUGGUAUUUUAAGUCUUCCAGCCUUAAUAAUUCAAAUAUAUUCAAGGUGAGAAAAAUUUACAAUGUUCACACAUGUGGAAAUGAGUCGAGAUUUUUUUCACAACGUCAUGCUACUUCAAAGUUUGUUGGAGGCUUGAUAACGAGCAAUGUGGACGAUCCUAAGACAAUAUAUACUCCAGCUGAUAUACAAUGUGACAUUAGAAAUCAAUAUGGUGUUGAUUUGAACUACAUGAAGGCAUGGAGGCAUACAAAUCCUGGAUCUGUUACAAGAUUGGUAAAGACAGAGAAUGGACGUUUUUUAUAUGCUUAUGUAGCUCUUUACGCCUCAAUUAAAGUAUGGGAAUAUUGCAUGCCUGUUGUUGUUGUUGAUGGUAGUUUCUUAAAAGCAGCCUACAGGGGAACAAUUUUGACGGCUUGCACACAGGAUGCAGCAGCUUUUGCUGUAGUUGAUUCAGAGAAUGAUGCAUCAUGGAAAUGGUUUUUCGAAAGGAUCCGAGAGACCUGUGGCACAAGAGAAGGUAUGUGUAUCGUAUCUGAUAGGCAUGAAAGCAUUCUGAACGCCACUUCUGUUGUGUAUCCAGGGGUGCCUCAUUGUGUAUGCUUAUACCACCUUUGGGGCAAUAUUAAGAAAAUUUUCAGGAAGCACCAUAAGGUCCUGAGAAAAAUAUUUUUUGUAAUGGCUAACGCAUACACAACAGAGGAAUUCAAUCAAUACAUGACUGAGACCUAUAGCAUUGACGAGAGGGUGAAAGAAUACUUAUUCGAUAUUGGAUAUCACAGAUGGUCAAUUGCACACUCAAAUGUUAAUAGAUUCAUGGUGAUGACUUCAAAUAUUGCCGAAUUUGUGAAUGCAGCUGAUAAGGAGGCCAGAGAUCUUAUAUAUGAUUUGGUGGAUUACUUGAUGAAGAUGAUUGGUCGCUGGAACAAUACAAACAGAAAUGAAGCAAUUGCAACAGGCACAACACUCAACACAAAAUAUGAACACCUAAUGAGGGAGAAAAUGAAGGAAUCACAGGGAAUGAUGGUUGUCCCAUCAAUGGAAUAUUUGUAUACAGUUUAUGAUGGAGGUAAACGUCAUAUAGUCAAUAUGCGUGAAAGGAUAUGCACAUGUAGGCAAUUUCAAAUGGAUGUUAUGCCGUGUAAGCAUGCUUUGGCUAUUGUGAGAAAAUACUACAUGAGUGAAUAUGAAUAUUGCUCUGUAUACUACAAGAAAGAUAACCUAUUAAACACAUAUGAAGUUCCAGUGUAUCCUAUUCCUGACGAGAGUAUAUGGGAAAUUCCUCCGGAUGUUGCAGCGGAUAUUUUCCUACCACCCAAAGGAAAAAUCAAACCUGGCAGGCCACAAAAGAUAAGGUACAAAAACGGUGGUGAAUCAAGACCAAAGAAGUCAAGAAUUACAUGCGGAGUGUGUGGACAACAAGAUCACAAUAGGCAGACAUGCCGAAACAUUCCGCAAGCAACUUAG